UUAUUUUUCUCCCGUGCUGGCGCGAGGCACUUUGUUAAUCUGGUUCGCGGACUAACUGUUCGACGAAAUGCCUGAGCAAUGCAUUCCCUCACUGCACCCUCUCCUUCCUUGCUCUUCUUCCCCCACUUGACCCCUUCUCUGUUUCCCCCACUUUUCUUCUCAUUUGGCUCGAGGAGGAGGGUGCAGCGGUUCGCGGCUCUGAGCGAGCUCGGUUUGGUUCUGAGGAAGGGGAAUUUCUACAAGGGUUGGUGCUGGUCUUGCUCUGGGUUCCUGAGGCGUUGCAAGGUUUGGGACGAGAGCGAGGGAGAUUUCUCAUCUCUGGAGUCGGAGAUUUUGGAGUUCAUGCAGAAUUCCAAGAACCCAGAAGCGUUUCCCACCAAGGAAGAGCUGGUUGCUGCUGGGAGGAUGGAUUUGGCUGAAGCCAUUGUCAACAAUGGAGGCUGGCUUGCGUUUGGGUGGGAUUUGAAUGAAGGGUCCCGUGAAAUUGACGAUUUUGAAGAUGAGAAAAGCAAUGGAAUUGACGGUAAUGCAACUCGUAGAUGGGCUUCUGGGGUUGCUUCUUCUUCUUCGGCUAACUCUUCUCAACCAGCUAAAUCAGUGGAAUUAGAAGCUGAGGAAUCCGGCAUUGAGGGUAUAUUGAAUCGGCUGGAGAAAGAGAGAAGUAGUUCUUUUGGACUUGGCUUCAGAGAGAAAGAAGUUAGUAUUUCUUCGGAAAAGAAUGAAGAUAAAGAUGAAUGGGAUCAUAGAACCACAACUGAUACAGUAUCUGCUGACCUUAAAAAUAGUAGCAGACCAUCCUCACUGAACCCAACAAGCAGUCCUCUCAGUGGUUUCCAGACCAAACUUGAUCAGCACAAAUCUCAAUUAGGUACUGAUGAUUCAAGAAACUCACUUAAGCCAGAGAUGUGGAGAAGUUGGAUUAUUCAGAGGACUGGUUUUUUGGAUGCAGAUUUUGAAGAUGCUGAAAUUGUUCCCAAUGAAACUCAGAAAGGAGGUUUGAGUGAUGUUUCAGGACAACCUGAUAUCCUCAAAAUAAGUGAGUUUUCUUGUGAAUCUAUAAACAGAGAAACAGGAUUAGGUUCUCUUGGUCGAAAUGCAAAUCACAACGACAUAAAAUCCCGUAUCCAGCAUCUGGAGUCAGAGCUAUCCUCUGUACUUGACUUGUUGAGGUCUAGCACGGAUAAAGUUACAAUGCAGAUGGAACAGAAGAGCUCGUCUGAUGAUCUAGCAGAGCUUUCUGAUGCUUGGGAAUUCCAGGAAAAUGAGAUCAUGAAUGCUCAGGAUAGACUGCGAUCAAUACGGGCUAAUUUGGCAGUGUUAGAAGGAAAGAUGGCAUUGGCAAUAAUGGAUGCACACAAGAUAGUCAAAGAGAAACAGGAGAGGAUCAAUAAUGCCCGCAGAGCUUUGCAAACUCUGAAGACUACUUGCGUAGUUUGGCCUAAUACUGCUUCAGAAGUAUUUUUAGCUGGAUCAUUUGAUGGUUGGUCCACCCAGAGAAAGAUGGAGAAGUUAAGUACUGGUUUAUUUUCUGUGUGCUUGCAGCUGUAUCCUGGAAAAUAUGAGAUCAAGUUCAUUGUUGAUGGUGAAUGGAAAAUUGAUCCGUUGCGCCCGGUUGUUAACAAUAAUGGCUAUGAGAAUAAUCUUCUCGUCAUUCAUGAUUGAAGUAACAGAAAGAAUAAGCACGACACAGUAUCUGGAGAACAAGAGGAUGACAUGCAUUAGGUUAGUCAACCAAUUUUUUCUUUUUUCCAUAUUUUCACUAGUGUACAAAAUACACAGUGAGUAGUUCAGUGAUUCUUUACCCUAGCACUUGUAUAACUUCUGGAAGUAGAUCUCUUGACUGAUUACAAACUAAUCCCAUUUAGUCAGUUUUAGCAUGUUCAAUAUAAUUGUGUAAUCGGUGCCGCACCGUAGCAAAUUAUACGAGUCCUGUUGGUAAAUAGAGUCCAUAACCACU